AUGGACAAGCUUUCGGGAACUUUGUCACGAAAGAAAAAAGAUGGAAAAGAGGCGGGAGAUGCGCCGGGGAAACCACAAGAUCCACAAGAACAAGAAGGGAAAGAAGUUAACCAGCUUGAUCACGAUGGACGUGAGGCGCUCGACUACGCGUUGAUUCCAGCCGUUUCGAAGAAGAUUGAGAUUGCUGAAGGAACUGAGCGUCGCUUCUUGACGAGAGAAUCCAGCGACGAUCCUCGGGUUCACGAGGUCGUUCGUCUGCUUCUUGGUUGGAUCAAUGACGAGGUGGCUGAGGAGAGAAUUGUUGUGAAGAACAUUCAAGAUGAUCUCUAUGACGGUCAAGUCUUGCAAAAGCUUAUUGAGAAGCUCGCUGGGAUUCGGGACAUCGUGGCAAUCAUUCAACUCUUGGUUUCAUUGGCUGUUCAUUUCCGAGCACCCGUUCGUUUCCCAGAGCACGUCAAUGCUCAGAUCCUGCUCGCUCGCAAGGAAAAUGGUCAGGUGAAAAGCGUUACCGCAAGGAAGAUUCUCACCGAGAAACAAGAAGAACUUUGCCCAAAGGGUGAACGAGACGCUUUUGAUACUCUUUUCGACUACGGACCGGACAAAUUGGCUCACGUCAAGGGAUCUCUAUUGGCUUUUGCAAUAAACAUCUUAACAAAAUCAAUUUGGAGGUUUCCAACAUUGAAACUCAAUUUCAAGAUGGGGUUUUCCUCGUUU